GGAGUAUUGGGGGUUUUGUUGGGCGCGGGGGGCGUUUAAAAGAAGCAAAAAGCGCAACAAAAGGAAGGUCGGUGGAAAGGAGGAGGAGGGAUGAACAAUGCGAUCUUCCAGAAGUAUUUACUCUUCCGGAUAAACAAAUCGCUGCCCGGCAUCUUUGAAUUUGAGCGACGCACGCGGACUCAGCGCGGCCCACAGCCAAGUCGCUGCUUUUUUCUUUGGGGGUUUUUUUUAUAUAAAGACCAUUUGCCUUGGAUUUCUGCACCAUUUGAUACUUGCACCAUUCUAAAAGCAGCACACACAUAGACAUGUCCCACUAUUCUGCCCCCCAAGGGUAUGCACCCAACUAUCAAGCACCACCACCACAAGGUGGAUAUCCGGGACAUUUUCAGCAGCAACCACCGUAUGGUGCUCCUCCUGCCGGAUACCCUUCGCAACAAGGAUAUCCACAACAGCAAGGCUAUCCUCAGCAGCAAGGCUUUCCUCCUCAGCAAGGAUACCCUCAGCAGCAAGGCUACCCUCAACAGCAAGGUUACCCACCGCAAGCGUCAUACCCAGCCCAAUAUCCUCCACAACAGCAAGGCUAUGCCCCUCCAGCUGGUGCCCCCCCUGGUGGAGCUCCACCUGGCGCAUAUGGACAGCAACCGCCGUACGGCUACGCAGCUCAAGCUCCGGGAUAUCCACCUCAGCAACACUCUUUGCCGGGUGGUCAACCUGCACCAGCGCAGCAACCUUAUGGAGCACCUCCUGGUGCGCAACAGUCUUUUUACGCGUCGGGAUCGCCCAUGCUCAGUGCACCCGAAUUGGAACGCGAUGCACAAGGUCUCAGAAAGGCCAUGAAAGGAAUGGGAACGGACGAAAAGGCUUUGAUUGAGAUCCUCUGCAAGCGUACUCCGGAACAAGCCGCUCAGAUCGUGGUCGCCUACAAAUCCCACUUUGGUCGCGACCUUGUAAAAGACCUUGAGAGCGAAUGCAGUGGAAACUUUAAGAAGCUAAUGACUCUUCUCGCAAUGUCACUUCCCGAGGUGGACGCAGUUUGCUUAAGAGAGGCCAUGGUCGGUGCUCCUGGCGAGGCUGGCCUAGGGACUGAUGAAGAUGCUUUGAUUGAAAUUCUGGUCGGACGGACAAACCCCGAAAUCAUUGCCAUCAAACAGGCAUAUCGUGCCAAAUUUUCAAAGGACCUUGAACAAUCCGUGCACUCUGAAACCAGUGGUCAUUUACGCAAACUUCUCGUGGCAGUCCUUCAGGGUGCUCGUGAUGAGACCGGAAGAUGGGAUGUGAAUGCCGAUGUGGACGCUCUGUACCGUGCUGGUGUUGGCAAAAUUGGGACGGACGAAUCCGCAUUCAUCUCCAUUCUGGCCAAUAGGCCCAAUGCGCACCUCCGUGCAGUUUUCGCCGCCUAUCAUCACAAGUACAGCAUGACCGUCGAGCAGGUCGUCAAGAAGGAGUUUUCGGGAGAUUUGGAAAAAGCGAUUUUGGGCAUCGUUCGCUCUGCAGAGUCCCGAGCAUGGUACAUUGCCAACCUCUUUGAAAAGUCCAUGGCAGGUCUCGGUACAAAGGACAACAAACUAAUCCGUUUGGCAGUCCGUCAUCGUGAUCCUCGCAUCAUGCAAGCCGUGAAACAGGCAUACCAGCAACAGUACGGAAAGUCUCUGUACUCGCGGGUUGAAGGGGAGACUUCAGGAGAUUAUAAAAAGGCCUUGUUGGCGUGUAUUGGAGCAUAAAAGCGCAAAGAUUAGAAAUUUACUGUGUGUAAGAGUGUUUUAUGAAUACCAUCAACCUACAAUACUGCACACACCCAUGUAAAAUAA